AUGAGGCGAUUCGAGAUUCACGGCUGGGCGGGUGCGAAAUGGUUCGGAGGGCCAGGUGAGGUCGUUCAGCAGGUCGAGACGAAGGCGAAAAUGGUUCAGGGCGACGGGAUCGCGUGGAGGGAAAGAGAAAUGGAGGAAGAGGUGGCGAUCGAGAAAGAGCGGAGGAUACACAGACAAAAGAGAUGGAGAGGUGGGAUCCGAGAAAGGGAAGAAAAGGGACGCGCAGGGAAAAAAGGAGAGAAAAAGAGGGUGAAUCUGAGUGAACUUGGAUGGAAGGAGGAGGAGAUGGGGCAGGCCUAA